UAAAAGAUUUUGAUAACCCGGAGGCGUGUUUCGUAAUUUUUAAUUUAAUUUUCUUGGCUUUUUUUUCGGGCGCCAUGUUUAGUGUUUUAGUUGUAGUUCUUGUUCUCCUGUCCCCCUCUCUCGUUUCAAGCGAUGAACAUUCUCACAGAUACACAGACGGUGAAGAGGUGGUUCUAUGGAUGAACACCAUCAGUCCUUAUCACAAUAGACAGGAGACGUAUCGUUAUUUCUCUCUCCCUUUCUGUCGUGGCCCGAGACACGAUAUAUCUCAUCAUCAUGAGACUCUGGCCGAAGACCUGCAGGGGAUCGAACUGGAGUAUAGUGGAAUUGAUAUCACCUUUAAAAAUAAUAUAGAGAAGAUGGUUUAUUGUCAAGUGACUGUUAAUGAUGUUGUUUUGAAAGCAUUCACUUACGCCAUAAGGAACCAGUACUCAUAUCAAAUGUAUAUUGAUGACUUGCCUAUAUGGGGUAUUGUUGGUGAGUUCACUCCUGAAGGUGAUGAUGAUAAUAAAAAAGAAAGUGAAGUAUUCAUUUACACGCACAAGAAGUUUGAUAUUGGCUAUAAUAAUGAUCAGGUGAGAGUUUAUUAGGCACAUGUACAUGUAAUGGAUG